AUUCAAGGAAGUUACUUACUCUCCUAAACAAGACAAACACAGACAGACCAUUGUUAUCAGAGACACUCCGAGCCCUGCAGCUAGUGUGGUGAUCUUGAGUUCAGAUUCUGAAGAAGAAAGGGAAAGUCCAACUUGUUGUACAAACAAACAUCUGGUCCAGAAUAGAGGUCGUUCUGUUACGGUCAAGGAUCCCGCUAACAAGGCAUCAUCGAUGUUAGGUUGCUUAGCAGGCACAACUUGUGCAAGUGUACUUCCUUUAACACCAGAAUCUGAAGCUGGAACCUACAGUAUGCAGUCCACACCAAGACAAG